GACAAGAACCAAACAGGUCACCCGGCUUGUUCGCAAGGCAUGCGAUCUCUGUCAUACACAAGCUAGCCUAGCAAAUACACAGACCUCCAGAGACUACGGCUUCCCUCCCCACACAGCCAGCUGCGAUAUUUUGUUUAAUGUUGUGGGGUUUUCACGGCGUGACUGCAAUCUUUUCUGUGUAAACAUAGACCCAAGCACACCGGAGAGACCAGGAUGGAGUGGCAGCCAGACGAACAGGGUCUGCAGCAAGUGCUUCAGCUGCUCAAGGAUUCCCAGUCCCCGGACACGGCCACCCAGAGAGCCGUGCAAGAAAAACUGGAGCAGCUUAACCAGUUUCCUGACUUCAACAACUAUCUCAUCUUUGUCCUCACAAGCCUCAAGUCUGAGGACGAACCCACUCGCUCGCUCAGCGGUCUGAUUCUGAAGAACAAUGUGAAAGCUCACUACCAGAACUUCCCCCCCACCGUGGCUGACUUCAUCAAACGAGAAUGCCUCAACAACAUCGGAGAUCCUUCGCCGCUUAUCAGAGCUACGAUCGGUAUUCUGAUCACAACUAUAGCCUCUAAAGGAGAGCUGCAGACGUGGCCGGAGCUCUUGCCUCAACUGUGUAAUCUGCUCAACUCUGAGGACUAUAACACCUGCGAGGGCUCUUUCGGAGCGCUGCAGAAGAUCUGCGAGGAUUCGUCAGAGCUGUUGGACAGCGACGCUCUAAAUCGGCCUCUCAACAUCAUGAUCCCCAAGUUCCUCCAGUUCUUCAAACACUGCAGCCCCAAGAUCAGGUCCCACGCCAUCGCUUGUGUGAACCAGUUCAUCAUCGGACGAGCUCAGGCCCUGAUGGAUAACAUCGAUACGUUUAUCGAGAGUCUGUUUGCCCUGGCCGGGGACGAGGACAGCGAGGUGAGGAAGAACGUCUGCCGGGCUCUGGUCAUGCUGCUGGAGGUCCGCAUCGACCGCCUCAUCCCGCACAUGCACAGCAUCAUUCAGUACAUGCUGCAGCGGACCCAGGACCCAGACGAGAACGUGGCUCUGGAAGCCUGCGAGUUCUGGCUCACCCUAGCUGAGCAGCCCAUCUGUAAAGAGGCUCUGUCUGGCCACUUGGUUCAACUGAUUCCUAUCUUGGUGAAUGGGAUGAAAUACUCUGAGAUCGACAUUAUCCUUCUAAAAGGGGACGUCGAGGAGGACGAGACGAUUCCCGACAGCGAGCAGGACAUCAAGCCUCGCUUCCACAAGUCUCGCACCGUGACUCUGCAGCACGAGGGAGGGGAGGGAGAGGAGGGCGAGGACAUCGACGAGGACGAAGACGACGACGACGACACGCUGUCUGACUGGAACCUCCGAAAGUGCUCCGCCGCGGCUCUGGACGUCCUGGCCAACGUGUUCCGCGAGGAGCUGCUUCCCCAUCUCCUGCCUCUGCUCAAAGGACUGCUGUUCCACCCGGACUGGGUCAUCAAGGAGUCGGGCAUCUUGGUGCUGGGGGCCAUCGCCGAGGGUUGCAUGCAGGGAAUGGUACCUUACCUGCCCGAGCUCAUUCCUCACCUCAUCCAGUGCUUGUGCGACAAGAAGGCUCUGGUGCGCUCCAUCGCCUGCUGGACCCUGAGCCGCUACGCCCACUGGGUGGUCAGCCAGCCCCCCGACGCUCACCUGAAGCCCCUCAUGACGGAGCUCCUCAAACGCAUCCUGGAUGGAAACAAACGGGUGCAGGAGGCGGCUUGCAGCGCUUUCGCCACCCUGGAGGAGGAGGCGUGCACGGAGCUGGUGCCGUAUCUGAGCUUCAUCCUGGACACGCUGGUCUUUGCUUUCGGCAAAUACCAGCACAAGAAUCUGCUGAUCCUCUACGAUGCCAUAGGGACGUUGGCCGACUCCGUGGGGCACCAUCUCAACCAGCCGGAGUACAUCCAGAAGCUGAUGCCCCCUCUCAUAGCCAAAUGGAACGAGCUGAAGGACGAGGACAAAGACCUCUUCCCGCUGCUGGAGUGCCUGUCGUCGGUGGCCACCGCGCUGCAGAGCGGCUUCCUCCCGUACUGCGAGCCCGUGUACCAGCGCUGCGUGACUCUGGUCCAGAAGACGCUGGCUCAGGCCAUGAUGUACAGUCAGCAGCCGGACCAGUACGAGGCGCCGGACAAGGACUUCAUGAUCGUGGCCCUGGACCUGCUGAGCGGGCUGGCCGAGGGGCUCGGGGGCCACGUGGACACGCUGGUGGCCCGCAGCAACAUCAUGACCCUGCUGUUCCAGUGCAUGCAGGAUACGAUGCCCGAGGUGAGGCAGAGCUCGUUCGCUCUGCUGGGGGACCUGACCAAGGCCUGCUUCCCUCACGUCAAACCAUGCAUCGCCGAAUUUAUGCCGAUCCUCGGCACAAACCUGAACCCAGAAUUCAUCUCGGUGUGCAACAACGCCACCUGGGCCAUAGGGGAGAUCUGCAUGCAGAUGGGAGUGGAGAUGCAGCCGUACAUAGCCAUGGUUCUGAACCAGCUGGUUGAGAUCAUUAACCGACCCAACACGCCCAAGACCCUGCUGGAAAACACAGCCAUCACCAUCGGCAGACUGGGUUACGUCUGCCCUCAGGAGGUCGCUCCCAUGCUGCCGCAGUUUAUCCGACCCUGGUGCACGUCUCUGCGCAACAUCCGAGACAACGAGGAGAAAGACUCGGCCUUCCGCGGGAUUUGCAUAAUGAUCGGCGUGAACCCCGGAGGUGUGGUGCAGGAUUUCAUCUUCUUCUGCGAUGCUGUGGCCUCCUGGGUGAACCCUAAGGAUGAUCUGAGAGACAUGUUCUACAAGAUCCUGCAUGGCUUCAAGGAGCAGGUCGGCGAGGAGAACUGGCAGCAGUUUUCAGAGCAGUUCCCCCCACUGCUGAAGGAGAGACUGGCAGCCUGCUACGGUGUUUAGGUUCUCCACAGCCACCCAAGAGGUGAGCCAGCAGGAGGAGGGUGAAUGGGAAACUCAUCCAUCUGUGUAUUGCACGGCCCUGAUCUGGGGGGAGGGGAGAGGGACGCUUUUGGCCGCUCCCCCUGAUGGACGGCCCCCACGCCCUAUGUGUUUGUCCAUAGAG